AUGGAAAGAGAGAGUGGAAGACAAGGAGAGUACGAGGAGGAAGGAGGAGUAAGACCCUAUCCAGGGCCAGAAUAUGACUAUUUGAAGGGUGCACCGGGUGAAAAUGGACUUCCAGGACCGAAGGGGGAACUUGGUGAAAAGGGGCACAAGGGUGAGCCAGGUAUUGGCCACAGAGGUCCUGUGGGACAGGCUGGUCCACCUGGAACUAAGGGUGAGCCUGGUGAACAGGGGCCUUCUGGAGCUCAGGGUAUCCAGGGUAUCCGUGGUAACCCCGGUAUUUCAGGUUCUCAGGGCGUGAGAGGCCAACCAGGAGACCCAGGAGAGGCGGGGAGAGAGGGGGACAGGGGUAGAAGGGGUAAGAAUGGAUCACCCGGGACUCCAGGAGCUAAAGGGAAACCUGGAAUAGAGGGUCCACCUGGUCUACCUGGGACGAAAGGAGAAAAGGGUGACAGUAUCCCGGGGGAACCAGGCGCCAGGGGUGUGGUCGGGAUCUCAGGUCGCAGGGGUGAAAAGGGCAUUGCAGGAGUCUUAGGAGCCCCAGGACACACUGGUCCAAAGGGCUUCCCGGGCAGCAAAGGAGCAAAGGGUGACAGAGGUUUAGCAGGAAUACAAGGAGAAAGGGGAAGCCCCCUCCAAAUCCAGGGACCGAGAGGCUACAAGGGCUUAAAAGGAGAAGGGGGAGAGCGAGGCUCCCCAGGUUUCGAUGGAGAUAAAGGAGAGAAGGGCGAGGAUGGGCCCCCGGGGUUCAAGGGCCUCAAAGGAGAGGCAGGGGCCAAAGGAGCCAUGGGGCUGUUUGGGGCCCGUGGACCAGUGGGCCAAAAGGGAGAUGCUGGCGAGCCUGGAGUCAAUGGAGAAGUGGGUCAUAACGGGGACGAUGGAUUGGACGGAGCCACAGGAGCCAAAGGAGACAUGGGACUCCAGGGACAGAAGGGAGAUCAGGGUGACAGAGGUGAACCUGGCUUACCGGGGGAUACUGGGCAGACAGGAGAGAAGGGAUUCCGAGGCCUACCUGGACGCAUAGGAAGCACUGGGCUAGAUGGAGAAAAGGGAGAGAUGGGUAUUCCUGGAACCCCAGGACAUCCAGGGCUCAAUGGACUCACAGGACGGAAGGGUGAAAAAGGGGACGGGGGUAUCAAUGGAGUAGAGGGAGCACCAGGACUAAAAGGAGAGAAGGGCGCCACUGGUUUCCCAGGGUUCCCUGGGUUUAAGGGGUCAGCAGGGACACCAGGCAGUGAUGGAGCGGAGGGGCGACCAGGACGUAAUGGGUCCAAGGGAGAGACAGGAACCAAGGGAGAGAGGGGCAGGAGAGGCAGAGGGAAGCCUUGUCAGACAGGACCACCUGGAAGUCCAGGACAAAGAGGAGGCAGUGGAGAGCUCGGAAACGAGGGACUGAAGGGAGAGAAAGGGGGAACCCGGACUCUCUGUAAGUGCAUCUUACUUAUUCCCACACACACGUUUGACACCUACCUGGUCCAAGACAUAUUUGUAUUGACAGACAGCUUGGUUGAAGACAGGGUCUAA